AUGACUGAUGACAAAUUGAAAAACUUCUGCCUUUUUGAGAUUGAGAAGAUACUCAACAGCAAUGCGAGAUCUUUAAGAGAUUAUCAAUCAAUGUCAUAUCCUGAGAUGUCUGAUGUUCGCCUUUUUCAGAAUAAGCUAAUAGAGGAGGAGUUAGCAUAUGACACAAAUGAGUUGACUCAUACAAACUUAUAUACGGAACAAAAGAUGACUCAUGAGCAAAGGUUAGUAUUCGAUGAGAUACUCAAUGCUGUUAUUACAGACUCUGGUGGUUUUUACUUCCUUUAUGGGCAUAGUGGGUGUGGUAAGACAUUUAUUUGGAAUGGACUUUCUUCUGGUAUUCGGUCUAGAGGAAAGAUUGUUUUAAAUGUCGCAUCCAGUAGAAUUGCGUCUUUACUCCUAUUUGGUGGCAGAACGGCUCAUUCUAGAUUUUCAAUACCCAUUACAAUUACUGAUGAAUUUACUUGCAAUAUUAAUUAUAGCAGUUUGAAGGUUGAGCUGCUCAUCCAAAGUAGCUUAAUAAUUUGGGAUGAAGCUCCAAUGCUCAAUAAAAUGUGCUUUGAAGCACUUGAUCGGACGCUCAAGAAUCUUAUGUCAGUUACCGAUCAACAUAAGACACAUCAACUAUUUGGUGGUAAGGUUGUUGUUCUAGGAGGUAAUUUCAGACAGAUACUUCCGGUGAUACCGAAAGGGAGUAGACACGAUAUAUUAAUAUCAUUUAUUAACUCAUCCCAUCUGUGGUCGUUUUGUAAGGUUCUGAAACUGCAUACGAACAUGAGGCUUCUAAUGUCUUCUUCAGAUCAAGAUGAAGGUGAAAUGAAGAGAUUUGUUAAUUGGAUACUUGAUGUUAGAAAUGGAAAUAUUGGUUUUGUUGUUGGUGAUGAAUCAGAAAUUAAAAUUUCAGAUGAUCUAUUGAUUACAACUAUUGAUGACCCUCUCUUUCAUUUGAUAGACUUUGCAUAUCCAAAUUUGUUGCAAAGUAUGUCAGAUUACAUGUAUUUUCAAAGUAGGGCAAUUCUUACACCCACGCUUGAGAGUGUCGAGAAAGUAAACGAUUUUAUCUUGACAAUCUUUUCAGGGAUGGAAAAGGAGUAUUUGAGUUCUAAUACAUGUCAAGCUGAUGAGAAUGAAGAUGUACAAUAA